GGAAGGUAUUCAGCACCAUCGUUCCCCUAGGACAACGAUGGGUAUCUUUCCAGACAUGUCGCAUGGCCGCGGUGCAGGGUCAUCUCUCCCAUAUCCUGUAUUGCUGCUAUCAGGUAUCUCAACCUUCAUAGCUGUCGUCGUGAGCGGUAUAUCGAUCUACCUCCAUCUUAUGAACUACCGCAAGCCUCUGCAACAACGGAUGGUUGCCCGUAUUGUGGUGAUGGUCCCAAUCUACGCCAUUUCCUCCCUUAUUUCGCUUUUCUCUCUUGAAGCUGCGUUUUUCAUCGACGCCGUCCGCGACGUCUACGAGGCCUUCGUCAUCUACUGUUUCUUCGUCCUCCUUCUUUCCUAUCUCGGUGGUGAACGCGAGCUCCUUAUCCGCAUGCACGGCUCUCCUCCAAAACAGGCCAUUUUUCCUAUCAACCUCUUCCGUUCAGAGAUAGACAUUAGCGAUCCAUACACCUUCCUUACCCUAAAACGCGGCAUUCUCCAAUAUGUCCAAAUAAAACCCCUUCUCGCCCUUGCCACUGUAAUACUAAAAGCAACAGGCAAAUAUAACGAAGGCGACUUUCGCGCCCGCUCAGGCUACCUCUACGUCUCCAUCGUCUAUAACAUAUCCAUCUGCCUCUCCCUCUACUCUCUCGCCCUAUUCUGGCUCUGCGUGUCCCAACUCCUCACUCCUUUCCGCCCAGUCCCCAAGUUCCUAUGCGUAAAAGGUAUUCUCUUUUUCUCAUUUUGGCAAAGUAUAGGUAUAUCUGCCCUUGUCGCCAUGGGUGUCAUCAAUCAUUUGGGUCCUUAUAAAGACGAGGAACACGUCAGCCUGGGUCUCACUGACAUUCUCGUGUGCCUAGAGAUGCCCAUAUUUGCCAUCGCGCAUGCGUACGCGUUCUCGUAUCGUGAUUAUACCAACCCUCCGCUUUCUCCUUCUAGCCCUGUCAGCACUCAUCACGCAGCCCGUCUUCGUCUUUGGCCUGCAUUUCGCGACGCCAUCGGCUUCAAAGACGUCGUCCUUGACGCACGCGCAACUCUGCAUGGCGCAGGUCUCACAUACCGCGCUUUCGAACCGAGUGAGGGAGGUAUGCAUGUCGGAGCGGGUAGAGAGAGGCGUAUCAGGGCUGGACUACGGUAUGUCCAAGGUGGAAAGGGUAAAUACUGGCUGCCCGAUGUCGAGAGACCUGUUGUGUCAGCUAGGGAUGAUGACGAGGACGCCAUUGCGCCUUUGCUUGCCUCAAAUUCAGAUUCUUUCGCUCUCUCGUAUCCUUCCCCGCCAUCGUCUCCUUUAACUGAAUCUAUAUUUACACAAGCGCGUUCUCUAGUAUUCGGGGACUACAAUUACCCUGUCGUUGAUGUGAGCACGUAUUCG